UUUUGGGUUGCAGACUUUGCAAUGGUUGCAAGGAAUGAAUUUGACGGACACUGCACAAGCAACUCGGCCUGCCGCUGUAGUCUAAUUGGGAACAUGAGCAAGUUGUACACUGCCAAUUGUUCAAAUCUGGGAAUCACACAAGUCCCGAUUACCCGACCGGAUGUUGUCAUUUUACUUUUACAACACAACAACAUCACUUCCUUGACAACACCCUUCUGUCCUUCACUUCACAACAUUGAUCUAUCUUACAACAAAAUUCAAAAUUUUUCAGAUGGGGCGUUUACUAAUUUAUCUAGGUUAAAAACUUUAAAUUUAGAAGGAAACUACCUUGACCUUGACGAAAAUGUCUUUCGGCCAAAUGUCUUUAAAGACUUAAAAGCUUUACGUGAACUUAAUAUCAAGAACUGUACAAGUAAAAGAAUACAUGCAUUUCCACAGAGAAUCUGGGGGUAUCUCCCCUCACUUCAGAUUCUUAGAAUUGAUGUCUUCUCUCCUACACAAUUUGGACGGCCGUUUCGGCGCCUGCCGUCUUUAACAGAACUGGACGUAUCAGGCAUCAAAGGUUUCUGCUCUAUAGGAGCAUUGACAAAGAGUUUCCUCAUAAAUGUGCCACACCUGGAAAUCAUUGACAUGUCCGCUUGUAAGCUGAGAUCAUUUGCAGCAGAUGCAUUGGUAACACAAAGAAACCUUACAAUUCUGAAUAUUUCCUACAACGAAAGGCUUACUUUUGCAAGUUUUGAAAAUCUUUCUCGUAGUGUAGAGUCUUCCAAAAUAAAGGUUCUCAAAGCCAACAAAAUUCACUGCACGUUUGGAAUAGGAACUGUGAUACAGGUCAGUGACAUCUUGCACUUUCACAAUUCAACCCUUGAAGAGCUCUAUUUAGAGAACAACAGGUUAGCAUUUGUAGAAAAGCAUGUUAUAAAGUUCCUCCCUCCUACUCUAAAACUUAUUUCGCUUGUCAGAAACAGACUGGCGAUAGGUCUUUACUUGCUGGAGUUUAAUUUAUUUUUAGGCUUAGAAAAAUUGGAUGCAUCCUUUCAGUUUAUUUCCCCUCCUUUUAUUGAGGUAAGGGACGCGUUCUAUUGUCAAAAUCCAGUACGAAUAUGCAAGAAUGAAAUGGACGAAUUUCCUUUGAAGUAUGAGAAAAUUUCGGAGAAAUCUCCAAUUUCACAUUUUGAUCCUAUAAUAUCGUUGCCAAGAAAUUUAAUACACGUGAUUCUAAGAGGGAAUGGUAUAAGGACAUAUAUUCUUGAAACACGAUUCUAUCCAGAAAACAAUAUAACAUAUCUUGACUUGUCAAAGAACCCAAUAACAAGUUUUACUGGUCCCCUUCAGGGAUUAAAAAAAUUAAAAUAUUGGGAUCUCUCUGAAUGUCUUUGUCAGUCAUUGACCACAUUCUUCUUCGAUUACACAAAGGCAUUGAAAGUUCUUAGAUUGAAUAAGAAUUUUCUAGGGAAAAACCUUGAAAACGACACAGAUGGUGAAACCUUCAAAAAUCUUGUAAAUCUUGAAGAGUUGGACUUGUCUGACAACCAAAUACAAAACUUGCCAGUAAAAAUCUUCAAAAACCUACGAAAUAUUCGGAGUCUUAAACUGAAAUCGAACUUUUUGACACAAUGGAAUGUAAAAAUUCAUCAUAUGAGGAACCUUGCAGAAAUCGAUCUCUCUAGGAACUUGUUGCGGAAGCUCCAUGGUAAGGCUAUGCAUUCGUUUUCGGAACUUUUAAAAAGGAAUACCUCUAUGACCAUGAGUCUUGCAUAUAAUCCGUUUGCUUGUACUUGUGAAUCAAAGAAUUUCAUACAAUGGUCUUUUCAAAACCGCAAAUACAUCCUAGAUUUUCAAAAUAUUACAUGCACGCUUGAUAAUGGAACGAGAAUUGGACUUCAAAAAGCUGCAGGAUUUCUUGGAGUGUAUUGCACAAAUUAUCAAAUAGUGACAUUCCUUAUAUCCUCCCUCAUAAUUUUCUUUGUUGUAAUAACGAUCACCGGUUUGAUUUACCGGUACCGAUGGAAACUGCGCUAUUUAUAUUACAUGACAAGAAACAAAUACCGGUUAUCAAGUCCAUUGCACAAAGACACCUUUAUAUUUGAUGCUUUCAUAUCGUACGCUGAAGAGGAUGGAAACUUUGCUAUGAACGAGUCAAUUGCCCAGCUGGAGAAUUUAAGAGGCUUGCAGUUGUGCCUCAGUAAAAGAGAUUUCCGACCAGGCACAGAAAUCGCUGCCAAUAUCACAGAAGCCAUUACGAAAAGCCGGAAAACAAUAAUAGUUCUAUCAGAAAAUUUCCUUCACUCUAACUGGUGCAUGUUUGAAUUCAAUAUGGCACGGAUGGAGAGUAUAUAUACACGGAAUGGUAAAGAUGUUCUCUUUCUCAUUAUGUAUCGGCACGUUUCUACUAAAACGUUGCCUUUAUCAAUGUUGGCUUUGGUAGAAAGUAGAUCCUAUAUUGAAUAUCCUGCUGAUCCCCAGGGAAACAUUGUUUUCUGGGAUAAAAUAGCAGAAACUUGUUCCAAGCCAUUGUAAAUCCUGCUGUAUUAUUAUGCAUUGCUUGUACAAGAGUGAAUAAUCAUCUUUAAUUUUUAGAUUCCCUUGUCUUAGAGUAGGAGUAAAACAGCACAUCAAGAAUUCAAUGUCUCUUUGUGUCCGUCAUUUAAAAGGAUUUUAAGAUCUUGUUGCAUUAACUGUGAACUGAUGUUAUUAAGACGGGCAUAGGGUUAUUUCUUUAAACUGUAUUAAAGUCUUGAACUCGGCAUAUGUUUUUACUUUCCAACCUUGUAUGCAUAAACACUGAACAUAUACAUGUACGUUAAUAGAGUCAAAAUACUACAACUCAAACUGUAUCAUUAAAUUGUCGUGAGCUAGGCAUACUUCGCUCUUAAUUCGUAUUUGAACAAAUUGAAGAUAAAGUAUGUACAUGAGGUCUGCAUACUUCUUCUGAUCAUAAACACUGUAUUACAAUUAUAAGUUCAGCAUAGUAUGCCCUUGAACUCUUUUUUAAAUCGACAGGGAAAUAUACGUGAAGUCAGAAUGUGAUGCUACGUACAAAUAUUUAAAGUCUAUAUACGGUAUAUUUAUAUUUGUUUUAUCAUUGAGAUGAACAAUGUUACUUGCGAGUGUUUAAUGUACAUUAUCGAAGGGUUUUUUAAAAUAUAUUUAAUUAAAUGAAACAGGGUACAUUUUGUUUUUACAGUAAUUUUCAAGAGUAUGAUUGUAUAUACACCACUGUUGGUAAUGUGCGAAUCGAGUAAAUCUUGGUUUCGGACACCAGCUACUAUUGGUUUACAUCAAUGAGGCAGAUUAUAUCAACUAAACGAUCAGAAAUGAUAAAAUAUCUGAUUAAGACGUAAUCAUUCAUGUUCCGUAUUAUUUUAUGCAGUAGAAUUGCUUGUUAGUUGAAUACUGU